GACCCACAGUGACUGACCAGAGUGGGAUGCAAGCUCAAGAAAUUAAAAUGCCCCAACCAAGUUGACGUGCAAAAUGUGAGCCCUGAACAACAAGCCCCUCUUGUCAUUGCCUUACCCCUAGAUAAAACUGGAAGCAGAAAGGCUAGAAGGAAAGCACCCUGGAUGGAGGCAGAUGGAUCAAUGCAGCUGAUGGGAAGAGAACAGGCAGUUGAUCAGAUGAACUAGUCACCAGCCUUCUACCCAGUUCAAAGGAACAAAACCCUCAGGGGCGGCUGGAAAGCAGCUUCUGUAGGAUCUACAUGUGGCUCUGGAGUGCCCCAAUAGCACUGCAGCAGAGACACACUGCCAUGAAUGAGGACAGUCUCAUCUGUUCCCUUGCUCUGGCAUCCAUGUGAAAUAGUGAAGAGGGAAAUCCUGGCUGCUACUGUCCAGCUUCACGGACAGAAGCCGCGGGCCAAUAGCUUUUCCUGCCCUGGUAUGGCAUUCCCUGGCACUGACAGCAUAGAAAGGAUUGUCCAAAGCUGCCUGUGAACAAUCAAGGGAAUGAAGAGCUGAAUCCCAUGCACCACAUUGAGACUAUGCUGGUGCUAGACACCAAAGGAAAUACACACACCUCAGCUCUACCUGGCUCCUACGCUUCCCAAGAGAGGGCAACUAAGGCUAAAGAACUAACUACGGGGCCAAUGUCCCCCAUAGGUUAUCUCCAACUUGGGGAAGUCACUGUAAAACUCUGAAAUGGAAAGGAUACCUUCCCCUCUCAGGGCAAAGGCCAAGCCAUGGACCUGGCACCAGGACCUCUGGGUCCAUGUUCACAGUCUUGCAGCUGUCAUGCUGUGGGACUUUGGGCAAAUCCUUCCCUCAUCUUAGCCCCCUUGUACUCUCUGAAGCAUUUUAGACUAUGAAGUUUCUAGGGCAGAGAAUCCUGGGAAGAGACCUGACACAAACGCUGAUACGUACCAAGCAUUAUUCACCAGGAAAGGCUGCAACUGGAUUCUAACCACAGGGCCCAAGGGGAAGCAGCAGGAUUGCCCUAAGCCUUCUUUCUGCUUUCACCUUGGAAAUGUGGUGAAACAGAAUGCUGCAAUUACUGUGAAGGCUCAGAAGCCAAGUCCCCCGUGCAUGGCUAUGUGGGGUCACUCUGCCCACUAGUGGCACAACCACAAAACAACAUGCCAUUCAAAAAUUUCCUCUCUAGGGCCCUUCAACAGUACACCACUCCCUACUCCGCGGACCAAUCAGAUUGCUCCUGACCCACAAAGCUCCGCCUUCAGUGCUCACAGGCAGCUUGUAAAUAGAGGUAGGAGGAAAGGGGAAGUGUUUGCACACAAGCGCACUGGGAGAUGAGACAUGGGUGAAGGAAUGGGUCCGUGUGCUGCACUCUGGAAAUGACACUGCAAAGGAAAAGCUUCCCUUUGGCCAUCGCUGACCCUCUCUCACUUCUCUGUGCUUAGACUACAGAGAACUAGAGUUGGGCUACUACCUGGAGCUUCCUCUGGGACUGAUGCGUUGGAAUGGUACUGUCGCAGUCAUGAGCUGAGCACUCUGGGCUACAAGUACACCCAGCACUCAGAAGCAGAAGUCAGAUGCUAUCUUCAGAGAGCAGGAGCACAAUCUUCAAACUACAGUCUGGAUCUCAGUUCAGAGAAACAGACAUGCCAGAACUACACUGAUGCCAGACACCAGAAUGCGUCUGUCACUCCGCACACUAUUGGCAGGAGUCACAGGAACAACUGGAUCUCAGGUACAGUACAGAACUGCUUAAGUCACUGAAAAGAUAGACAGAGCUAUGUUUUUCUUUUAACUCUUUCCAAACCUCAGACCCUCUGCUAGGAUUUGUUUCCUGCCUGAUUAUCCUGAACUAACUUACAGAUUCUGCUUGGCGUGGAGCAGCUUCUGAAAAUGCCCUGCUACUAGCAGUGGGUACUUGGCACCUAGCAGGGAGUGAUGCUGAGCGACCAGUCCUUCUAAUACUGAAUAGAAAGACUCCUUUUGACCUCUUAGCUCAGUGAUAACCAAACUCCAAAGUACCGGAUGCAUAGGGAGGUUCCUUCUCUCACACAAUGACUACACGGUAUUCUCUCUGGAAACAUCUAGGAAAGCUGCUGAUGGUCUUAGAACUGUGUGUUCAAGGCAUCAUGACAAAUACUUCACCCCCACCCCCUAGAUGCCCCAGUGUCUGCAUCUGCACCUCCGAUCUCUUGAGCUGUACUAGGCAGAAUCUCCAGCAGGUACCUCUAACGCUGCCUCCCACAGCAAUCACCUUGGAUCUCAGCCACAAUGUCCUCUUCCAGCUUCACGAUCACUGGCUGGCUUCCCUGCCACGGCUCCAGGCCCUCCGCAUCAGUCACAACCAGAUUAAAGAGCUUUUUCCAAAGACCUUCCACAAUGCCACUUACUUGAGACACCUGGACAUAUCCUCCAAUUACUUGCAUGCUGUGGAGAGAUAUUACUUUGAUGUGUUGGUAAACCUGGAAGAGCUUCUAAUUUAUGACAACUGGAUCAUACAGGUAGAUGAAAAAGCCUUUGCCAGGCUAAGCAGCUUGCAGAAGCUCUACUUGAGCUGGAACAACUUAACCAAGUUCCCCUUUCAAUCCAUGCAAGGAUUCAGUCACCCCAAACUCAGGACACUGGACCUCUCCUCCAAUAAUCUGAGCAGCAUUCCCAUUGAUGAGAUUAUGGCCUUGCCCGUGUCCAUUAAAAAUGGCUUGUAUCUUCACAACAACCCAGUGAAGUGCAACUGUGCACUCUAUCAGAUGUUCCAGCAAUGGAAGCAGCGAGGCUUCAGCUCCGUGCAGGACUUCCUCGAGGAGCAUACAUGCAGGGCCUUUGACAGUGUGGCCCGGUCCUUAGUCAGAUUCCUCAAGUACACCAUAAUUUUUGAGAACUGUUCCUUGAGAAAAGGAUAUCUUGGUGCACCAGAGGUGAAUCUCAGAGUGCUCGUGGAAAAGCCCCUGCUGAUGGACUGUAACACAAGUGUGCAUGACCCCUCCGCCACCUACAUGUGGAUCUCACCUCACCAUGAACCCAUCACACACCCUGGGAACAGUAAUCGUACCCUUGAAGUUUACCACAAUGGAAGUUUAAAGAUCACAGCAGCCAAGCCAUGGCAUUCUGGGGUGUAUAUAUGCAUAGCUAUAAGCAAGCACUACAACCUCAACAAAACCCAUGAGGUCAACGUAACAGUUCACUACCCUAAGCUGGAUGGGGAAUCCUUCAAUACAGGCCUCACCACCCUCCUGGGGUGUGUAGUCAGCCUGGUGCUAGUUUUCAUGUACCUGUACCUCACUCCAUGCUGCUGCUUCAGAUGCUGCAAAAGGUCUGCUACCCUGAGUCCUCCCCAGGAAUGCAGUGCCCAGUCCUCGAUUCUGAGCACCACACCACCAGCCACAGAGGGACCCAGCCGCAAGAUCAGCACCCACAAGCAUGUGGUGUUCCUAGAGCCCAUCAAGGAGGUACAAAAUGGCAAGAUCCAGCUGGCAGUCAGCGAAGAUUUCCCAGAUACCAAGAACCCCAAAAUCCUGCAGCUCAAGUCAGACUCUGAAUCCAUUGGUUCCAUCUUCUCCGACACCCCCAUCAUGUCAUAGGUAGGGACCAACUGGAUUUGAUGCCGCUGCCCACCGCUUUGACAGGCAGAAUGCAGGACCCAGCAGCCACUUCACAGGUAGAGUGCAGUGGCUCCCCCAUCACUUCUGAUUGACUGAGGGCUCCUAAUGGCCCUGUCCCUUGCCACUGCUUGGCUGUGAGGGCUGUCCAUCAUACAACUCUACCCCCCGCCUUGCUGCUGAUUGGUGGAGAGGGACGGGGCAACAUAACAGGCAGACUUCACAGCCAAUCACUGGUGAGGGGUGGGGGGAAGGUGGCAGCCAUCAUGCUAGCAGCCCUUUGAUGGGCAGUCCCCCCUCCCCUUACUCAUUUUUCGUAAAUAUUCUUUUUCUUCCCCCUGCAGAUUUCGCAUGCAUUGCCCACCUCCAUGGGCAAAUGCCAGAUUUUGCAAAAUCUGCAAAAUCUAUGGUAUCGUGAUUUCAGUAUGUCCCUAGUCAUAGGAGGUAGGAGGCCUGGAAGCAGAGAUGGGGGGCAGUUUUGCAGGAUAUGGAAAUUUGGGGCAUCAGUAGUGGUCCCCACUGCAAGCAGAAGGGGCAUGAUGUAGCGGUGGGGUCUGCCACCCAGAAGAGGCCAGGUUUUUUCAGUUAAUAUCCAAGGAUGGACUGUGGUGUAUUUUCAAUCUCCAGCUACAUCUAAGAAUCACCACAUUCUUAAACAGAAGGCCAAUGAUGAUCUGAGAUCUGCUCAAUCUGUGACUGCACAGUCUAAUGGCCCAUGCCUCAACUCACUGUUUGAACUGAACCAAGUCAUUUUCAGUACAGAUCUAGCUUUUAUUUGAUUAAAUGCUUUUUGAAGAA